GUGGCGUGGCGCCACGGUUGCUAUUGACUGUCCUCGCUUGUUCUGGCACCAGGACCUUCAGCUUUCCAAGCGAUGUCGGCCUACCUCCCACACCAGCAAACCGCCUACGCCGUCCACGGACACUUCACCCCUCAGCAAGGCUUUAUUUCCCCGAGUACGACUAUUCCUCUCCAGAAGCAAUUGGAACAUGCGAACCAACAGUCUGGAUUCACGGAUUCUGCCGGACUCGCCUACGUUCACCCGCAGCGACCUGCGUCUCCUGGAGGCUUCCCCCACGACACCCCACCCCAGCAGACCCUCGCGGCUGGCUUCCAGACGACGGGUCAGGCUGCCCCGCGCCACGCCUACCUCCAGCACGGGCAGGGACAGCGUUACUACCACCAGUGACCGCGCCCGUCUCCACCCCCCGCCGUGCGUUACGCGCCGCUUGUGCGUCCGGCACGGUGAAAUUCCUCUGGCGCGCAUUUCCGCGCGCCGUGUUUCGGCGCCGGCUCCAAGGUCCGGUCGGGCUGCACGCGCUCGAUGUUCUGGAGUUAGCAGUCCCAGCGCGGAAACAGGCACUUCGGCCCAACUUGCCCAUACUGGCCAACAUGCCCCAUCUACACCGGCCAACAUGCCCCAUCUACACUAGUCAUAGAGUGAUACAGCGUGGAAACAGGCCCUUCUGCCCAACUUGCCCACACUGGCCCAACUUGCCCCAUCUACACUAGCCAUAGAGUGAUACAGCAUGGAAACAGGCCCACACCGGCCCAUCUUGCCCACACCGGCCAACAUGCCUCAUCUACACUAGUCCCACCUGCCCGCGUUUGGCCCACAUCCCUCCAAACCCGUCCUAUCCAUGUACCUGUCUAACUGUUUCUCAAACGUUGGGAUAGUCCCUUUCCUCCGGCAGCUCGUUCCAUACACCCACCACCCUCGAAAAGUGUGGAAAAGUUGCCCCUCAGAUUCCUAUUAAAUCUUUCCCCCUUCACCUUGAACCCGUGUCCUCUGGUCCUCGAUUCCCCGACUCUGGGCAAGAGACUCUGCCCGAUCUAUUCCGCUCAUGAUUUUGUACACCUCUAUAAGAUCGCCCCCCCUCAUCCUCCUGCGCUCCAUGGAAUCGAGACCCAGCCCUGCUCAACCUCCCCCUGUAGCUCACACCCUCUUGUUGAGAGACCGGCGUGCCCUCUCCUCCUUGCCCGGAAACCUUUGUGGGCGCGGAGUGGGGGGGUCCCAACCAUGAAGGAUCGCCCCGGAUCGCCCUCUGCUCCUUGCACUAACGACUCCUGCCCGCUUACACCAACCGACGAGCCUCCGCUUGCUGUGUGUGAGACGCUGGCCGGCAGAGGAAGUGUCCGUCACCGGCAGUCGUCUGGUUUGCCCUCUCUGUCUCCUCGAAAACCCCCCCCCCGUAUUAUCCUGUUUAUGAAGGAACUGCAGAUGCUGGAAAAAUCGAAGGUGGACAAAAAUGCUGGAGAAACUCAGCGGGUGGGGCAGCAUCUACGGAGCGAAGGAAAUAGGUGACGUUUCGGGCCGAAACACUUCUUCCGACUGAUGAUUCAGAUUCAGAUUCAGAUUCAAUUUUAAUUGUCAUUGUCAGUGUACAGUACAGAGACAACGAAAUGCAUUUAGCAUCUCCCUGGAAGAGCGACAUAGCAAACGAUUUGAAUAAAUAAUAAUAAGUGUCUGGGGGGGGGGGGGGGGGGGUGGUGAUUGGCAGUCACCGAGGUACGUUGUUGAGUAGAGUGACAGCCGCCGGGAAGAAGCUGUUCCUCGACCUGCUGGUUCGGCAACGGAGAGACCUGUAGCGCCUCCCGGAUGGUAGGAGGGUAAACAGUCCAUGGUUGGGGUGAGAGCAGUCCUUGGCGAUGCUGAGCGCCCUCCGCAGACAGCGCUUGCUUUGGACAGACUCAAUGGAGGGGAGCGAGGAAACCGGUGAUGCGUUGGGCAAUUUUCACCACCCUCUGCAAUGCCUUCCGGUCAGAGACAGAGCAGUUGCCAUACCAUACUGUGAUGCAGUUGGUAAGGAUGCUCUCGAUGGUGCAGCGGUAGAAGUUCACCAGGAUCUGAGGAGACAGAUGGACCUUCUUCAGUCUACUCAGGAAGAAGAGACGCUGGUGAGCCUUCUUGAUCAGAGUAGAGGUAUUGUGGGUCCAAGAGAGGUCAUCGGAGAUGUUGACCCCCAGGAACCUGAAGCUGGAAACACGUUCCACCUCCGUCCCGUUAAUGUGGAUGGGGGUGUGCGUGCCGCCUCUGGACUUCCUGAAGUCUACAAUGAGCUCCUUGGUCUUCUUGGAGUUAAUGAAGGAAUAGGUGACGUUUCGGGUCGAGACCCGGAAGGGUCUCGACCCGAAACGUCACCUAUUCCUUCGCUCCAUAGAUGCUGCCUCACCCGCUGAAUUCCUCCAGCAUUUUUAUCUCCCUUCCCUUAUGUAUCAGAAGGGUCUCGACCCGAAACGUCACCUAUUCCUUCGCUCCAUAGAUGCUGCCUCACCCGCUGAGUUUCUCUCCAGCAUUUUUGUCCACCCCGCAUUAGCCUCGACUGUUUCGUGGCACGAGGCCGCUGCCUCACGGCGCCAGGAAUCCCGGUUCGCUCCUGAUGUUGGGUGCCGUCUGUGUGGAGUUUGCACGUUCUCCCCCCCCCCCUCCAGCGCCCCAGGUUUGUAGGCCAAUUGUGUUAUGAAUGUGGGCAGUGGUUGCAAAAGUGGGAUAACAUAGAACGGGUGAUCGGUGGGUCGAAGGGCCAGUUUCUAUAUCUUUCAAUCGAUCGAUCUAAAGUUCACUGUCUCGUCCUAUUAAACCUGCACCUCUUUUUAAAGUA